GCGUUGUUUUGUACACGUUUCUUCACUUUCACUCGACGUCGGCCAUCACCACCAGCGUGUUCCUCGGGCUGGGCAUUCUGUUCUGCGGCGGCGCCACCGCCCACAACGUCGCCGUCUGGCACCGGGUGAAGCACAACCGGCUGGCCCGGCAGCGCGCCGUCCACCUGAAAGCGUCAACGCCGCAGCAUGGCCGGGAGCCGGCGUACGGCGCGCGCGACCCCGGCUCGCCGGGCAUGCCGUCCGCCACGCUCGACCUCAGCCGCCAGCUGGCCAACAUCUCCAACAUCCACGAGCUGUCGACGCUGGUGUGACGCCGCCCUCCGCGGCCGCCGCCUUCGGAGGCGGACCCCGCCGCGAUCGGACGGGAGUGUGGCGAGACCGCUGCUCGGCAGAGACAAGAGUUCAAAGUCCCGCCCGUCCCCGAGUGUCGGCCGUCGUGGCCGGGCGGCCGAACGGUCCUGAGCCACGUGGCCACGGUGACGAACGCGCCCCGGGAGGCGCAGUGUGAUCGAACCUGUCGCGGCGUCCGACGAGGCGGUGCGUCGACUCGCGGCCCUUGCUGGAUAUUAUGCACAGCCGACUCCGCUGGGAGACGGCGGCGCCGAGAGGCAUUCUAGUCCCUGUGUACUGCCGAGGCCGCGCCGCGCGCGCUGCCAGCUGUUCCGUGUAGUGUGCGUGUAUUGCCUUCUCUGUACAACUGUCGCAACGUGAGAAGAAGCCAUACGUUCAAA